CCGCCUCAGGCCGAGGGGAGCCCGGAGGCGAGCGUGCGCCACGACGGCCGAAGCGCUGCGGGGUGGGAGGGGGGCAGCGAGCGAGCGAGGCGGGGAAGCGCGCCGGCCCCCGGCCCGCGUGACGUCACGAAACUUUCCCCUCCGCCGCGGAGGCUCCGCGCUGAAGCCAAGGAGGUUGGACGCCUGCCGCUGAGGCGCUUUCCCCUGCCGCGCCGCGCCGCGCGUGCGCCUCCUCCACUUCGCCGGCUGCGCUCCCUUCUCUCGGUCUCCAUCUCGCUCUCUCUUUCGGGCGAAGUUUCGUGGCGUCGAGCCUCCGCUGCGCUCCCUCCAGAGAGAGAAAGAGCGGGCAGCAGCGGCAGCCCCAGCGAGCGGGCGAGGGGGCGCGCCUCGGCUGCUGAGGGGAGAGGAGAACUCGCCGGAACUCUGCGGAGUUGUGUGGAUGGAGAGGCGAACUUGAGAGGACUGGGAUUCCUUUAUUCGCCGGACGCGGCAGCAAGAGGAGGACGGCGACGAGGCGCUUCAGAGGGGCACACCCAACAUAGAAGACAUUAUAAUACAGCACCAUGAGGACAAACAUGUUGACAAACAAGUGAUUUGUUUCCCAUGAAAGCAAGCCGCUGUUCUGACCCUUGGUGAAAAUUUGGACCCAUCACGAUUAAAUUACACACACUGGGUGAUUUCUCAUCAUGAAUCGUGCUUUUAGUAGGAAGAAAGACAAAACGUGGAUGCAUACUCCCGAGGCUUUAUCAAAGCACUAUAUUCCCUACAAUGUAAAGUUUCUUGGCAGUACAGAAGUGGAGCAACCUAAAGGCACAGAAGUCGUGAGAGAUGCUGUUAGAAAACUUAAGUUCGCAAGACAUAUAAAGAAAUCUGAAGGUCAAAAAACACCAAAGGUUGAGUUGCAAAUUUCAAUAUAUGGAGUGAAAAUUCUAGAUUCAAAAACAAAGGAAGUCCAGCACAACUGCCAGCUCCACAGGAUAUCAUUUUGUGCUGACGACAAAACUGACAAAAGAAUAUUCACUUUUAUAUGCAAAGAUUCAGAGUCAAACAAACACUUGUGCUAUGUCUUUGACAGUGAAAAGUGUGCAGAAGAGAUAACUUUAACUAUUGGUCAAGCAUUUGACCUGGCUUACAGGAAAUUUCUGGAAUCUGGAGGAAAGGAUGUCGAAACAAGAAAACAGAUUGCUGGGUUACAGAAAAGAAUCCAUGAACUAGAAACAGAAAACAUUGAGCUAAAAAACAAGGUACAAGAUUUGGAGAACCAGUUAAGAAUAACGCAAGUGCAAACAUCGCCACUGCUGCUGCACAUACAGUCUGAUUAUGAACAUGACAUGUUUCAAAGACCCACCACCUUUUUCUGGUGUAGCAAUGAGGAUUCUGCUCCUUGUUUAGAUAUCUCUUCCAUUACACUAACUCCUAUGAACUCUCCUGACUCCAGACACUCAUCUGGACUAUUAACACCACCACCUACCAAAAGUGGUCUUCCAAAGCCAGUCCAUGAGCACAGCAUCCCAAGACCUCGUGCAGGCAGUGUGACACCUAAAUCACCCUCCACUGACAUCUUUGAUAUGGUUCCCUUUUCUCCCAUAUCCCCUCAGUCAUCAACACCUACUCGCAAUGGCACACAGCCUCCUCCAGUGCCCAGUAGAUCUGCAGAGAUCAAGAGAGACCUUUUUGGAGCAGAACCUUUUGACCCUUUUAGCUGCGGAGCAGGAGAUUUCCCUCCAGACAUUCAAUCCAAACUAGACGAGAUGCAGCGUCAGCGAUGGAGGGGUUCAAAAUGGGACUGACUCUGGAAGCCACAGUAUUUUGCCUUGACCCUCUAGACAGCAAGUGCUGAUGCCAAGAAAAGAAACGUGAAAAGAUAUCGCCAUCUCUCUCUCUUUUUUUAGGAGGGGGAAAAAUGUUUUAAAACGUAUUACAAAUACUGUCAAUGUGCCAAAAAUGUUUUUUUUUUCAACUUGUUCACUUUUGUGAGGUUUGCUUCUGUGAAACUCCAGAUAGGUUCCAGUGUUAUCCCUGUACAAAUGUAAAAAGUCACACGUGUAUAUGAAACCAAAAUGAAAUCACACUGCUGUCUUUCUUCGUCACCUUCCGCCACCCAAUGGCACUUCACCAUGUGCUGUGAAGUUCUUCGAACCAUUCAUGCAGACCCGUUCCUGUUGACAGGCACUAUCUUUUGGGACUCUCGGAAAUGGCAACGCUUAUAGAAGCCCCUCGGUUGGUUUCUUAAUUCCCAAUCUGUAGGGCCAUGUUCAUACAGUUUUGUUGAAAAUCGCCCAGAUACUGCAUACCACAGUUCACACAGUCCACAAAUCCUUGUUUCUGGCCAUGAUUCAAGCUGCAGUGCACUCUGUGGUUCUUCACGUAGACUUUCCCACAUGCACAUUAAUGGCUUUACUUUAAUGUAAAGGGAGUGAUGGAGGCAGUCCCAGUGCACAGUCCCAGCAUCACCGAUUUGGCGUGCUUCAGAUGUUGUCCCAUCAGCCCCAACUAACAUGACUUUCAUCAGCCCCAACUAACUAGCACGUUGGGACCAUCAGAGCUGAAAACCAGCAACACCUGGAGAACCACAGAUUCCUGUCUUAGAUUUAAGAAUUUUGAUUAGGUGCAUUAGCUUAUUUUUACAUUCCCAGUGGUGUUUGUCGUUUGGAAUCUGCUUCACAAAAAGCUAUGCUUUUCAGUGGUGAGUGAUCGUCUGUUUUCACAUCUACAUGUGCACACAAGCAUUAUUUUGCACUCAGAAGCAUAUUUAGCGGGGGGGGGGGAGGUCCAAUACCCUACUCCUCGACACAGAUAUUUUGGAAAUCUUGUUGAUUUCCAAGUGGAGGCAGACUAAAAGUCCACAUGCUUAAGUCACUGCUUGUAGCGCAUGUUAAGUUGCUACGUGUCACAGAAAAAUCCAGCUCAGAUUGCCUUAUGCACACACUCUUUAGCUAAAAGAAGAAACCCUUGACGUUUUGAGGUCAGGCCAUCUGCGGAUUCCAGAGGGUUCGAGAGUACAUCCUUCAGGAUCUUGGAAGCCUGGAGAAUCAUUUGGAAGCACACAAAGGAGUUCUGCUGCUGGGUCAUGUGGGAACCCUAUGAAAGCUGCUUGGAUCAUACAUUUGGCAAAUAACCUUACUGUGCAAUGUACAUGUCAUUUAUGGGUGCAUCAUUUGAUAACAAAUAACCCAGAGAAGAAUGGUGGGGACGGGUUGUCCUGUUGUCAUUUGUAAUUCUGUGCAGAAGCCCAUUGCUGAGCAUCAGUGUAUUUUUCUUCCACUAGCCUUCAAACUAGCAAUAAAUGAACAUUUUGUUUGUGCAUUUCUUGCAUUCACCAGUGGAAUUGUUCCUUCCUGUUUCCAUUUGUGCCAUCAUUUUUUCUCAUUUUUUUAAAAAGUGUGUGCGUAUGUAUACACAUUUAUAUAUAUAUACAUAUAUAUGUAUAUACAAUAAUGGGGGGGGGGGUUCCCCUCUCCUUUAAGGAUCCUUUCACUGAAAAGACUUUUGGGGGGUGGGGAGGAUGGAUGCAAAGGACAAAUAAGAGAAGACACUUAAGAGAUUAUUUUACUGCUUAUAUAUUUUAGACGGGGAGAAAAGAACUAGUUUUCUGGUACUUGGGUUGGGAAAAAUAAUAGCUUUUGACCUUAUAUCGUGAGGUUUACACGGAAAAUAGAAUGCAUUUAUGCAAUAUUAUUACCUUUUUUAAAAAAGCUUUGUUCCAGCCUCGGAAGACGCUUAAGCAGAUGCCUGGACAGUCUGGGAUACUUCACUUGCUUAAAGUUAGGCAUCUGCUUAGGCACGCGGCUCUAGUCGAGCCUUUCCUAUUUUUGCAUUGUGUUAAGUCUUCCUUUUUGUUGAUCGGUCUGAAUGUAUACCUAUAUCUAUGGACAGGAUCCAAAGAGAACUGCCUGCGUACGUAAAGUGCUUCUGCACAUGUACGGGGAAGAAUGCGGGCGAUCCCAUCACGCCGAACACCAUUCCAGAGGGUCGCCUGACUUUCAGAAGCUGCUUGGUGAGGACGCAGGGACGGUGGCUGUAGUAGGAAAGUGUGGGACAAACACUUGCAGUGCGCAUGCAAAAUACCACAAACAGUCCUUUGGAUCAUGGCCUAUGUGUCUGUUGAUAUAGUUAUAUACAUAUGGAAUCACUAAUGCGUAGAGUAGACUAUGUUUCCUAGAAAGAAAUCUAUAAUUUUGUUUGUCCUAUAGUAUUUUGCAAUUUGUACAACGAGGUUGUUUAGUAGCCAUAUCAAUGGCUUUUUAAAAGAAAUAGAAUUUGUAUUUUUAUCGUACUUUUAAAAAAGAAAGCUUUACGUAAUAAGCAUAUAUUUAGGGGCCGUUUACUAUGGAUGGUAACGAAACACUCAGAAAAUAUUUGCACAUUUUAAGAAACCUUUGUUUUACUGAUUUUUACGUGGGUUGAUUCUACGAAAUGCUAAAUAUGAUCUAACCGAUCACGUCAGUACAAGGACACCUAAAUUAAUUCAGUGAGAAAGUACAUUUUUAACGAGAGGGUUCUAGUGUUCUGGUUGAAAUUUGUAUUUCUAUGUAAUCUCAACUGUCUGUUUAAUUUUGCUCCAAAUAAAUGUUUUAAAUAAU